AUACAUUGUUGCAGGACAAACCGCAGAGCUGUGCAGCUGCUGCUUGUAUGAAGAAGAGUAGAGGGGGAAAAAGUCACCAGAUGGUUGUUUUUCAAGACAAUAACCUGUCAAAUAACCAUCUUAAACAUCGACAACGGACUUCAACGUCACCGUUGUCAAAUAACCUCUGACCACAGAAGCAGAUGAUCCUGUUGAAUCCUGCAGCCAUCAUGCCUGCUCUUUCUGCACCCACUGAUACCAUCAGCAGCAGCAGCUCACCUUCUUCUCCAGUGGACACCAGUCCCAGGAGGAUGUCCUGGGGUAAACUGGUGCAAAGAUUGGCUGAUUUCAGCACAUCUGCAAACAACAGCAGCAUAGAAUCUGGGUCCAACAAUGGCAGCAGGAGUGAUCUCUCAGACUCAGGGUCAGACGCCGGUGACCUGUCUCCUUGUAAUGAAGACCUGUUCUAUGACCCAAUGGAGGAGACCAUCCUGAAAGAAGUAGUGGACCUGAUUGCAGGGAGUUUGAAAGAAGCCAAAGACUCAGACUGCGCUUUGCGAUGCACCAAACUGCUCAUCCCCGAGAAACUUCUGGAGCACAUCGGACAGGAGCUCCUUCACCUGGCAGCUAGCGAGCCCUGCGGCUUACGAGGGGCCCUCAUUGACCUUUGCGUGGAGCAAGGGGCCAACUCCUACGAGAGCAUGGCACAGCUCUCCGUGGACCCCUGCCUUGUCCCCACCUUCCAGCUGACUCUGGUGUUGAGGCUGGAAUCUGGCGGGCUGUGGCCCAAGAUCCAAGGACUUUUUAGCACAAAGUCUCCCUCCACUCCAGUAGUGAGACAAGCUAUUAAACUAAGCACUGGUUUCCGAGUGAUCAAGAAGAAACUGUAUUGUUCCGAGGAACUGCUCAUUGAGGAAUGUUGAGAAAUGUAUGUCUGCGUUUUUAAAAACGCCCCGUUGAGCUCACAGAAAGGGCCUUACUACUAUAUAACUACAUGUAUAUGAUGCCUUCUGAAGCGUAAGGAUGGACUUUGUCACGGUGAAGCUUAUUGUUCCCACUGUAAGGGAGUUUAUGGUACCUGGAGCAAGUGUUGCUUUGCAAAUUACAAUGUGUAACCAUCAUGAUAUAUGUGACAAACAGGCAUUUUUUGUGAGUAUUAAAGCGCUUACCUCAGUUUCUAUUGAAACUUACAACGGCAGCUAGCUAUAUGAUUACUAUAGUCAUUGAAAACCAUUGUGUUUUAGUUUCUUUUUAUACAUGGCAAUUAAUUGUAAUGUACACCAACUGAUGAAUUGUACUCCAAGUAAGUCGUUUAGGGACCCUAGCGACUGCUUGGAUUCAAGAGUGAAGGCUUACCAGCGCUUGUGCAUUGUGCAGUUUGUGUGCAAGCUGCAGCAAAUGUAACUUGAUCUUGUAUCUGUGUGGACCUGUCCUGCUUUCAACUUUAUUUAUUUGACAUUCAAAUACUCAUAACAUUGCACUUGUUUUUGUACUUUCAUGACCGCAAAAUAAAUUAUUUUUUUUAACAAUU